AUGAAAUAGGUUCCUAUUGUAUAUUUUUUUCAAAAUGAACCAAAGGCACAAUUUAUGUUCUUUUUCUAAGGAGAGGAACUGAUAGUGAAAAAUAUAUUACAGCAAUUCCCAUUUAAGAUUACUACUCAUCACAUUCGAUUCAAGAUAUUUGUUUAAGACAUUGAACCGAAGACGUAAAUCGAUUAAUUUUAUUAAAGAUAUGCUUGGUUUGAUAUCUCUAAUCCCAAUGCCAAAGUGCCAGUUGUUAAUGAUACUGUUUUUGCUAAAAUCUUAAUUCUUUCAGAUCUUUCAUAUAGUAGAAUCGCCAAGAAAAUGGUUGAAAGUGUAUCCUAAGAUUAUAAAGUAGGAGAUCUAAGGGUCCAAUAAAAUCCCAUUUAACAAUUACAGUCAACUUAAAAUAAAGGAUAGCAAUCCCAAUCCAAUUCAUCACCUAAAUUGCAAUAGUAAUAAAAUUAAAAGUAAACUCUGCAGCAAGGUAGUGAAAGACUAAGCAAUAGGCAUUUGAGUAAUUAAUCAAAUGGGACUAGUCAAAGUGGCGAUCUUUUAGAAGCAUUUGAGAAACUAGAUUUUAAACCAAAUCAUCAUACCUAAUCACAACCAAUCAGUCAAGCAGAUUUGGAUAUUAACAAUUAGAAUUUCCCCAAUUUUACUCAAAAUUAAACCAAAAGACUGAAAAAUGAUAAAGAUUCCUCACAAUUCAAAGGGUUGAAUGCUCAAUCAGAUUCUAAUGAUGAUCAAUUUACGUAAUUCUAACAAAAACCAUAGUAGCAAUAAGCCAAAAAAGGCUAAGAUUUAUUUGAAUUUGAUACGCUUACUAAUAAAUAAACUACUGUUUUAAAUGAGCAAUUUCAAGGAAAAGAUGGGGAUCUAUUUUAAUUCGAUGCUCCAUCCCAAUCGUAAUAAUAGUCUAAUGAUUAAUACGAAGGACUAACAGAUAAAUAAAUUGUUGAUUUGAGAGUAGAAUAAGCAGCUGAGGGUCUAUAAAAGAUUUGGUAAGAAGAGUAAGAUUAUAAUGUCUUGAGAUAACAAGCUAAAGAUGAGGUAGAACCAAAAAUAUUAAAAUGGGCCUAAAAGAAUAAUGUAAGAAACAAUCUAAGGUUGCUUCUGACUACAUUAACUGAUGUUUUAUGGGAAGGAACAAAUUGGCAAUGUUCAAUAGGAGAUUUGAUGACUGAAGGCAAAGUCAAAUUGAAGUAUCGUCAAGCUUUAUUAAUUGUGCAUCCUGAUAAACAUAAUUCAACUCCUCCUGUCUAAAGAUAUAUUGCUGAAAGAGUAUUUUAUGAACUUAAUUAAGCUUGGAAUGAUGAAAAAAACAGAAGUUGA